AUGCAUCAUCCCUGCCCGCUAUUAUUUUGCACCAUUUCCGCUUCUGUGGAGUGUUAUCACAACUCUGCGACUUCGUCCUCUCACGGAGGGGAAAGUCGCAGCAUCUCAGUGACAAAAGUUGACAAAUUAAUGAGUCCAAUCAAGCGAAAUCAGAGCAAUUUCAACUGACGUGGCAGGGCAUCAUUUACAAGUGGGCGUGGCCUAGUAUUGUCAACAUCCUGGUGACAUAACUGGCUUCUCCAAAAUGGCGACGACGGAUCACAGAGAGGCAGGUCAGGAAGACCCAGAGAGUGAAGAUGAGGUUUAUGAAGUCGUGGACCUGACAGAAUACGCCCGGAGACACCAGUGGUGGAGCAGAGUGUUCGGGAGCAACUCGGGCCCGAUCGCUGAGAAAUAUUCCGUGGCCACGCAGCUCGUGAUGGGCGGGGUGACUGGAUGGUGUGCUGGUUACCUCUUCCAGAGAGUUGGGAAAAUCGCUGCCACUGCUGUGGGUGGAGGUUUCCUCCUUUUACAGAUUGCCAACCACAGUGGCUACGUGCAGGUGGACUGGAAGAAGGUGGAGAAAGACGUGAAUAAAGCGAAGAAGCACCUGAAGAAGAGAGCGAACAAAGCAGCGCCUGAAAUCAACACAUUUAUUGAGGAGGUAAAGGCCACAGACUUCGUAAAGAGGAACAUCGUCGUGUCCAGUGGCUUCGUUGGUGGCUUCUUUCUGGGUUUGGUGUCUUGAAGGUGCAGCGCGCGCCGUGCCCUGCGUUUACUGUGAAUCACAACACUACCAUAGAUCACUUUAUCUCUCCAGGGCCCUUUUUACUCAUGCGGAUUUUGAACAUUUAAGCAUGAUCUGUUGUGACAGUGGUUUUUAAAUGUCUUAACCGGAAAAAGGGUUCUCUGAUUGUACUGUAAAGCUGAAUAUGUCGAGUUGCCACAAAUUUAACACAGAUAUGAGCUUUUACCCUGUUGAAAAUCCCUUUUUCCAGAGCUGUAAAUACCCACAUAGAAGGAAAUAUUGUAUAAAAAUAACAGCAGCUAAGGCACCGAUUGCUGUUUAUUUUUCCAUGUUGCCAUGAGUUCCAUGUGCCAUUCACAUCUGUCAACAAACACUUGUGCGGUGGUGUUUUUGAAGCAGGAGCUCUCACAGAUUAUACAACACAUAUCAGAUGAAUUAAUUGCGACUUUUCAGCGCGAGGACGAGCGUCGUCUGCUGUACUGUAAUUACUACCAUCACAAGCCCCGAUGCUAAGAGACACCAGUCCCUGUCAUUAAAGAGCAUAAUGAGCAGAGACGGUGACUCCUACGCUCCUCUGUGUCAGUGUAGCAAUAACACAACAGCGACGACGCUGCUGCUGCUGCUGCUGCUGGUGAUAGUGAUGAUGAUGAUGAUGAUUGUGUAUUAUCUGGUUAAAUAUACACACGUGCUGUGAAUUUGCUCAUUUUGUUUUCGCCUCUUUUCUUUCCUCCAGUGCAGUAUACAGUUGAUAUUUCAGGUGCAAGUUUAUUGUUAUGUUCUCUCACUCCUUCAUUGUUGUUUUGAUAACUUUAUUUUGCACUGUUUGAAUUUCAUUGUGUCAUUUGAAAUAAAGUUGCCUACGUUUGUUUUAAAACCGGA